CACAAAGUGUAGUCCUUUUUGAUAGCGCCGGGAACAGUUUGAAAACGGUGGUUGUGGUUGUGGCCGUGGUGGUGGUGAAGGCAGACAGCGCAGCGGCAGACAGCCAGCGCGGGACGGGAGCAACGAUAGCAGCAGCAGCAGCAGCAACAACAACAACAACAACAACAACAACAACAACAACUUAAACAACAACAACAACAACAACAACAACACACACACGGGAUGGAAGGAAAAGGCAUCUUCGCAGAGGAUGGCAAUGAGGAUGGAACAAAGGGGCAAACACAGGCGCAUUACUGGCCAUCCCCACCACGCAAGCGUGUGCCUCACCCCGCAACAACAGCAGCUGCAGCAUCGUCAACCAUCAUCCGCACAAGCACAGACGACGACGACAAUGACAACAAUGAUGAGGCGAAGAAAGACAAGCAUGGCGCAGGCAAGGACCAGCUCCUACAACAGAUGAGGCGGGCACGGGCGCGAAGAGUUCGCGUGCAGUCGCCGCCGGCAUCGAGCAGCGAGGAUGAAGCUGGUGGCGCUGGUCAGCACAGCGAUGAUGGCGCAGACGGUUCACACGCAAGCAGCAGUGAGAGCACCAUUGCUCGGUACAUCCAACGCUUUCGCAACGCACCACCCACAAGACACUCACUCACAUACGCAAACACCGGCAGCCGAGAAACACGACAGCGCAUUCGAGCGCCAGAUCAAGAGAAAGACGAAUUCUGGUGGUUAAAGCAAGAAGUUGUAUCGCCAGCUGCAACCAGGAGCAGCAAGCGGCCAACAGAGCAGCAGUCCAACCCGUGGGUUCCCAAUGAGGAAGACAAGCCGGAUCUCAGGCGUGAGGUGAACCGCAAUCUUGACCUCUCUUCGUCCUCCUCUUCUGAAAACUCUCCAUUGCACCAUGCGAGCGCCACGGCUUCAGCAUCUGCACAGCGUGCAAGCAGAAGGCGAGCACGCCAACAGCAAGAUCAACCACAACCACAGCGACAGCAGCAACAUGGGACAUCAUCACGCAGUGCAGCCGUUUCUUCUCCAGCGUCUCCAACGUCGUCUGUAUCGUCCUUUGCUUCAUCCCCAUCGUCCUCCAUCCACAGAGCAAGCACUCCGCUGCACGAACGCUUGCAUCAGCGCCAUCAGCAUCGGCGCCGGCAUCGCGGUAACAGUGAAGGUGAUGAUGACGAUGAUGACGACGACGAAGAAACGAUAAGCGACGCAGACGUUUCGCCAAGCACACGCAAACUGGAGGAGAGAACGCGGCUUGUCCUUCUCAACAGCACGCGAGCCAUCGAUGCUGCGCGCCGCGUGCGGGAAAUGCUUGCAGGAAACCAGGCAGUAACAGCGCAAGCGCCUGCGAAGCAGCACCAGCACCAGCACCAGCACCAGCACCAGCGCCAGCCGCCGCCAUUGCUUUCGAGGCAGCCAUUGCAGCAACCAUUGCACGCGCAGGGUGAGCGUCGUGCUGCUCCCUCUGCGACUACCGCAGCAAAGAAGCGGCUGUUCAGCACCACUCACACACUCGUACAACACGCGCCAACAGCUAUGUCGCAACCUACACCACCAGCUGUACCGCAAGCGCAAGCAGCCUCAGGCGUGUCAAGGCGGGACACGGCGCUUGGCGUGCAUCUACCGUGUUGGCGCGGCGUGCCAGCAGCUGCACGACCGCCUUUCAUGCACCUUCGUAUGCCACAUGAGCAACCACGGCAGCACGAUUUGGAGCGCGUUAGCCACGAUGGUGACCGGUACGCGUGCAUGUGUCCUUGUUGCCGCCGCAAUCCCUGUCACCCACAGCAACAGCACCAGCAGCAGCAACAACAGCAGCAGCAGCAGCAGCAGCAGCAGCAACGGGUCGCACAUCCAUCAUGCAAGCACGCGCACGUGCACGCUGAGUGCUUUGGAGUGAACGACGAUGGUACUGACGACUGGGAUGGACGCGGCGUUGCCACAACUCCCGAAAGGCCAUGCCCAUCAACUCAACAGCCACAAUGUCAACGUGUACAGCAGCAGCGGCAGCAGCAAGAAAGCCUGCGACAGCAACAACAACAGCAGCAGCAGCAGCAGCGACAACAACAACAACAACAGCAGCAGCAGCAACAACAACAACAACAACAACAACAACAACAACAACAACAACAACAACAACAACAACAACAACAACAACAGGCGUCCAUUCUCAUCUUAAACGAACAAGCGUGCCAAGACCGAAUCACACGCCAGCUCGUGCAGCGCAUGCGGCAGUUGGAGGACGAGUUGCGGUUUGUGGACAAUCUGCUUGCACGUGUUGGCAUCACAUCACCGCCAAGACCAUGCAUGCUCGGCUGAGAUGCAGCUUGGGCUGACAUGCACACACACACACACACACCUCUAGCAUCCCUCUCAUAACCAGGACGUCCACGUGCUUGCAUUUCCCUCACCUUUCCCCUCACGCAGCCUAGCCUCUCACGGUUCUCUCAUCUCUCCCCUCAUGAUGCCAUCACACACUCAUCAUCAACAACAACCCCCCCCCCCUCCUCUCUCUUCUGCACGCUAUGAGAAUUAAACGAACGACUCAUGGGA